AUGAAUAGACAGUUAGUUUUGAUUGUAUUUACGGCAUUGAUGGCCAUAUCAACGGGACUGAUGCCAUACUCCCAGUCAUUACUACACUAUUAUCUCAGUGUUUUCGGCUAUGGUCUCGGCUCCGGUGUCUGGUUUAGUGCCUAUAAUGUAUGGAUAAUCGAAAUGUGGCCCGGCCAUCGAUCCGCACCUGUACUACAACUGUCCCAAUUUAUGUACGGUUUGGGUACUAUAUUCGGGCCGAUGCUGGAUCAGCCCUAUACAUUGGAUCAGUUGAUUGAUACGGAAAAUAUUGUACGCCGGGAUAAACUUCGCAUACCGUUCCUUAUAAUAGGCUGUUCCGAGUUUAUAGGUCCUAUCCUAUUGGCAAUCAUGUACUUAAUUAGGCCGUACGUUAUCAACAAUACCUAUGAUGAUGACAAUAGUAGACAACUGUCCCAUAAAAAUAGUAGCUCAUCAUCAUCAUCAUCAUCGACAACGACAACACCACCGCCACAAGCACCGGUAGAUACUACCAAUGGUUCAACCAAAAAAUCAAUAGUCCAAUACAAAAGUACCCGACUGGGUCAUAGUCUACUGGUGGGGCUGUUAUCCAAUUUGAUUGGUCUAGUAUUUGUAUCGGAUAAUAUAUAUCUGAAAUUUAGUGCCACCUAUUUCCAGUAUAUACCUAUGCAGCUAACGGCCAGCCAAUCGGCUACGUUGGUCACCCAAAUGGCCGUCUGGUAUACAAUGGGUCGGGCAAUAACUGUAGCCAUAUCCAUACGGCUGAAACCCCACGUAAUACUCAGCUAUCAUUGGCUGAUAUUGUUGUUGGGUUUAGCUAUACUAUCUGUUGGACACGACUACUACCACUGGCUAUGGUUGGGUGCACUGGUCGUCAGCUAUGGGUUUUCGGCACUAUUGCCGGCAGUGUUUGCCUACGCCGGCCAGUAUGUCGAGCUAACCAAUCGGUUGGCAACGGUAGUCAUAUUCAACUGUGGCCUCUAUAACUCGUUUCUACCCUAUCUACUGGGCCUGUAUGUUGAACUAUACCCCGGUAUCUAUUUGUUGAUAAUAUUGGUGAAUACAGUGUGCGGUUGUAUGAUAUUUCUAACCAUUUCACUGAUGACUACUACCACUACUACUACUAGUACUACUACUACUACUACUAAUGAUGGUUCAAAUGGAUAG